AUGCCAGCCACCAACGAUGAAGAACUUGGAAGACUAGCGAGGUCGAUGGAAAAGACCACAGUGAAUGAUACCAGUGUAUUUGCAAGCGGCAUCGAGUUGACCUUUUCAGCAACUCUAGACGACUCUGAAAACCUGGAACAGUUGGGUCCUGUCAUCAAGAACAUUACAGAAACAGGCAAACAGGGAGCAUUCCUGGAUGCGCUGGAUACUUUGAUUAGAAAGAAGGAUGGUGAGAUUGAGCGUAUGUGUAAUUCUCAUUAUCAAGAAUUCGUGCACGCUGUCGACCAACUCUUGAAAGUGAGACAAGGAUCAGUUGAACUACGUAGGAAACUGGCAGAAGUCAAUGAUGCUUUGCAAUCUCGAGGCACUCGUUGGGCUCAGAAAAAACGAGAACUGACAAAUGCCAGAAAAGUGCAACAAAAUGUAGAAGACGCCAUCGAAGCUUUGCAAUCCAGCUUGGUCGUACUGGAAUCUGCCAACAAAGUGAACGACUUGCUGGAAAGAAAAAAGUACUAUGCAGCGUUAAAAACGUUGGAUGGACUGGAAAAUGAUCGCUUAGGCCAAACCACACAAUAUACAUUUGCUAGAAUGCUGUCUCAGGGCAUUCCUGUGAUGCAGAACACCAUCAAAAGCACAGUGACAGUCGAGUUGAAGGAAUGGCUAGCAAGAGUGCGUGAAAUCUCUCGAGAAAUUGGAAACUUGGCUAUGCAACGCAUGCAAGAACGACAAGAGAGAUGGAGAUCAAAGACAACAGAAAACCCUAAAUUAAAGAACCUCCAACAUCAUCAGGUGAAUUCAGCAAUUGAAAUGGUCGUCAACGAAGGAUUAGAAACGAGUAUAUUGGAUGAAGUGAAUAUUGACUUUGAGCCUCUGUAUCGUUGUAUUCAUGUGUAUGAAACGCUGGGUAAAAGAAACGAAUUUAAGACAUCGUAUUCGGAGGAUAGAAGAGCACAAGCCAAUCUCGCCUUGUCCACGCCAAUCAAUUUGCGUGAUGGCAAUCUAACCACCUUUGAUUUCUUGCUACAAGACAUUGUUGGCUUCUUUAUCAUUGAACACAUGAUUUUACACAACACAACUGAAUUCAGAAGCCAAGCAGAAGUAGAUGGUUUGUGGGAGAUGGUAACAGGCAAAGUUAUUCUAGUGGUCUCUGAAAGUUUGAAGGGAUGCAGCGAUCCUGAGCUGUUCCUGAGAAUCAAAUUUUCUCUGCUGAUAUUUAUUCAAACACUAGAAGGAUUCGACUAUUCUGUCAAGCCAUUGCAAGAGACCUUGCUGACACUAUUCCAGCGUUAUUCAGAACUGCUAAUCAACCAAUACAGCGAAGUCUUUGAGAAGAUAGUGCAGGAGGAUGAAUGUAUGCCCAUGACGGUGGAGAACGACGAUGAGCUGAAGGAAGUAAUGCAAUAUACCCGAUUCCGACCAGACCGAGAAUUUAUAAAGAGAUAUGGAUUUCCCCUUCGUUUACCAUUCUCCAAGGUGUUUCCUACCUGCUGUCGAGACGUCAGCUCCUUUGUACACCAAUUUUAUCAGUUUGCAGAAGGAUUCAGUCAGACACAUGGUGAAAUGGACGAUAUUCUCAAGAAGGCCGUGGAUAGUUUAUUGAUCAAGAAAGUCAAUGCCAUUUUGCUCAAGAAAUUACAGUCCACCAACUUGUCGCAGAUUGUGCAGAUUAUCAUCAACAUUGAGUACUUUGAAUCCACAUGCCCUGAUUUCGAAAUGUUGCUCAUGGAAACCCGCUCAUUCCAUCGUUCUGGUCAUAUCCAUCUCAAGGCUACUUCGACAUUCAAAGAUACCCGUCGAAAAGCAGAAAAGCGUAUUUUUGAGUUGGUGAAUUCUAAGCUGGAUGAGUUCCUGGAGCUGUUUGAAUACGACUGGGAAUCGGAAGAGAUCCAAAAGCAACCAAGUCCCAGUUUGCAGGAUCUCGUUACGUUUUUGACCAAUGUCACCAAUGCUGCAUUACUCAAUCUGCCCGAGACCAUCAAGAGUCUGCUGUAUUUUGAUGCCCUGGAGCACUUGAGUCAGUCCAUGAAGGCCCUCUUGCUGAACCCAGACCAGCGCAUCAUGACGGAAAUUGCGUUGAGUAAUUUUGAUAUCGAUGUCAGGUUUGUAGAGGAUUUUGUGCACAAUUUGGGCGAUCCAACUAUUAUGGAUACAUUUGUGGAGCUGCGACAAUUACUGGAUCUGGCCAUUUUAUCAGACAAUCCUGAAGAAUACCUGACUCCUCAAGUAAGAAACAGAAAAUACAAUCGCCUCAACAGCCGAGAUGUCAUUGUCUUGUUUGAAAAAGUGCUGCGAACACCGUUACCUAUGCACACAGUGCUCAGUCAAAAGGAGAGAAUGAGACGCAAAGCAAUGGAAAAUGUCGCCAGAGUACUGAGAUCAGUUCAUAUUGGAGGCUCUCGCUAA